UGUUUAUUGUUAUUUUUCGAAUAAAAUACGACCAAACAAUCACGGGAUUACGUGUAUGAUAUAUAUUUGUUGUGGCACUUAAUAAGGAAAUGUAUAUACAUUGUUUUUAAAAGUGUGGGUGGUUUUUUAAACACCGAAUCCCCUCAUCACUCAAUAGAAAUGACUCCAAGUCAUUAGUUUAAAAAGCGUGCAACGUGUUAUUAGAUUGUUCUGUUUUUUUCUGUUACUUGUGAUUGAUAACUAACGUAAUCACCAUGGUCCAGCAAAUAUUAUUAUUAUUAUUAUUAAUAUUAAAUCGUUCGUUCUGUGAUGAUUAUUAUGAAUUAUUGGGCUUAAAACGAACAGCGAAUGAAAAAGAAAUAAGACAAGCAUUUAAAAAAAUUGCUGUUAAUUUACAUCCUGAUAAAAAUCCUGAUGAUCCAGAAGCUCAUCCAAAAUUUUUAAAAUACACGACAGCAUAUGAAGUUUUAAAAGAUCCAGAAUUGCGUAAAAAAUAUGACUUGUAUGGAGAAGAAGGUCUCAAUAAUGAUCAAUUUGGUCGACAAAAUUAUCACUCUUGGAGUUAUUACCAAGAUAAUUUUGGAAUUUACGACGACGAUCCUCAAGUGGUCACUCUCAAUACCAAUGAUUAUGAUGACAAUGUUGUAAAUAGUGAAAAAAUAUGGAUGAUUAAUUUUUAUUCGCCAAUGUGUAGUCAUUGUCAUCAUUUAGCGCCAGAUUGGCGACGAAUUGCCAAAGAUUUUGAAGGUAUUGUACGUGUUGGCGCUGUUAAUUGUGAAGAUGAUUGGCGAUUAUGUCGUCGUCUUAAUAUACAGGCAUAUCCAACAUUAUUAUACUAUCCUAAAAAUUCUCAUCAUGGUACAAGAUAUACUAGUAAAAAAACUUAUGAGAAAAUAUCCGAAUUUAUAAUGGAACAUCUUGAUGUUAGUAUUGAAAAAAUAACAUCAACUAAAUGGAAAAAAUUAAUUAAGUUGUUAGAUGAAAAUAAUAAAGAUUAUUAUAAUAACGAUAAACCAUUACUAGUAUUUACAUGUGGAAAGGAACGUAAUUGUUUUGAUAAUGAUGAGCAAUUAAAAAUAACUGCCAUGUUUGACAAUAUUAUUGAUACAGGUAUUUUUGAAUGUAAUAAAAAUAAUUGCAACAAAUUAUUAGAGACAACUGGCGCAGUAUUUAUAAAUAAUAUUAAAAAUAAUGAUAAAAAAAAUUUUAUAUUAUUUAAUGAUAUAAAUAAUAUUGAUGAAUUUGUUCAUGAUGUUUUGGAUCAGUUACCAGAGCCACAGGAUAUAAGUAAUGAUUAUUUUAAUGAUAUUAAAAAAAAUUUAGAAAAAAAUGAUAAUGAGAACGGAUGGUUGGUGUGUUUUUACAUUGGCCAUGCAACAGACUUAGAUUUGCAAUUGAAAAAAUUACCGAGUAUAAUAACUGACGUUAAUUUAGGAAAACUCAAUUGCGGUAAAUAUAGUUCACUUUGUAGUAAUUUAAAUAUAAAUAGAUAUCCAAUGUGGGGAGUCAUAAAACCUGGUGGUGCUUUUGAAUUAAGUCAUGGUAAAAGUACAAUAAAUGAUGUCGCCAAGUUUGCUGAAAAUAGUAUUAAAGCACAAAAUGUUGCGGCAUUGAGUGCUGAUAAAAUAAUUUCAAUACUAAAAAGACAAAACGGAAAGGAAGUCUGGUUCUUAGAUUGGUACGCACCAUGGUGUCCACCAUGCAUGCAAUUUUUACCAGAAUUACGUAAAGCGUCAAUGCAAUUUAAAAAAUCAGUUGUGCAGUUUGGUACAAUUGACUGCACAGUACAUGCCGAUAUUUGCAGACGAUACAAUAUACGUUCGUAUCCAACAGCAAUGUUAAUAAAUGGGACGACCACAACUCAAUUUACUAAUCAGAAAACAGCUGCUGGUAUCAUUGAAUUUUUGAAUGAAGUUGUUAAUCCUACAGUGAUUAAAUUAAAUAAAGACAAUUAUUAUAAGACAGUUGGUAGAAAAGAUGAUACUACACUAUGGGUAAUUGAUUAUUUCGCACCCUGGUGCGGACCAUGUCAGCAGUUGGCUCCCGAGUGGACGAUUGUUGCUAAAAAUUUGCAUUUAUUAGAUAAUGUUAAGGUUGCGAGUGUCGACUGUGACGCUAAUGGAGAAUUGUGUCGCGAGUUGGGUGUACGCAGCUAUCCUACUAUUAGACUUUAUCCAUUUGGGAGUGUUGGGUUAAAUCAAGUUGCACUAUUUAAUGGUCAACGAGACUCCACAGCAUUGAUGCAGUGGAUAACGAACUUUUUCCCAACGAAAAUAAAAAAUUUUGACGAAGAGAAAUUACGUAAAAAUAUAUUUAACAAUAAGAGCAAAAGCAAAAACAAAAAAGAUUAUUGGCUGAUUGAUUACUACGCGCCUUGGUGCGGGCACUGCCAGAAAUUGGAGCCGCAGUUUGCAAUCGCCGCCCAAUUGUUGAAAAAUAAUUCAAUCGGGUUCGGUAAAUUUAAUUGCGACACAUUUGGCUCUGAGUGCAACCAACUGGGUAUUCAAGCCUACCCAACUCUCAUGCUCUACACUCCCGAAAAUAAACGUAGUGGUAUUGAAAUUACCUCUCAAAACGCACAGGAUAUUAAAAACAAUAUUUUGAAUCUGAUAAACAAAAAUUCUAAACUACACGACGAAUUGUAA